CUGUAGUAGAUAGAGGUAGAGUCCGACUCGGUUUCCCAACUCUCAUCACCCACCCGACGCCUAUAGUCGGUACACAAUUCUCUCCAUAAUCCACAAUUCUCUCCAUAUCAAACCCCUCCCCAAGCUUCCUCGCACACUUACACGCCACUGACGCCUCCAUCGUCUCAAGGUCAGUUCUUCGCUUCCCCGCUCUUUUCUUGCUCCUUUUUGUUCCCUGGGAAACAAACCCCCGAGAGAUAGCCGGAAUACGAAUCAAAUUAUCCUGUUCUUCCUCUUGUAGAACAAGCCUUAGGGUUUUAUAUUUCUUGUUUCCUUGCAGUUGGAUCGCGUCGUGAAAUAUGGGUUUCAAAACGGUUUACAACCUUCUCAUGGAUGUCUUCCCUGAGGUCGAUAUCCGAAUGCUGAGGGCUGUUGCUCUUGAACAUUACAAGGAUCCUGAUGCAGCUGUAGAAGCGGUUCUCACUGAGGUUCUUCCUCUUUUAGAGAAUCAAUCACGUGAUUCCAAACCAUCUCUUCAGACUCCAGAAGAAGAAGCUGAACACGAGGAUCAAACUGACCUGUUGCGCCGUAGGCCGAUUGGUUCAGGAAAGGAGGCCACUGCUUCUUCGGCGCAGCCAUCAACUGCCUGGGUAGAUGAUCUUCGAAAUGAUCUUAUGAGGUCUGAUUCUCAAUUUGGUUCCUCUAGUAGUGGUAGUCAACAAUUGACGAAUAUGGAGCCCGUACUGUCCUCUAAUGUGCAAGAGGAGGCCAAUCAGUUGCAGAGAGGGACUGAUAAUGAAGAACUGAUUCUGCUUCAGAAGGCACCUUAUCAAGGACAGAAUUCUCAUUCUGGAUCAAAUCAUACCUCUCCUGUUGUUUCCGAUGAUUUGUUUUCUGAAGAUGUUAAAUGCAACGGCGGAGAAGUGUUUUUUGAUACUGAAAAUGAGAUAGCUUCUCAGGAAAUAUACCAACAGAAUGACAGUGACUUGGGCCCUGAGAAGGCCACACACGCUAUGACUGCCACUGAAGUAGAAGAUGCUUGCUCUAAUGGUGGCCCUGUUGGUCAUGACACGGAGAAGAUUUCUUAUGCUUCUGUCGAAUGUGUUGAUGUUGUUGCUGGUGAGAAGACACCUGAAGUUAAUACUCAGGUUGAUGCUGGAAUUACAGAGACCGAGCAGGGGACAGCUACAGGUGACAUUAAUGUCGGAAUUCCAGGCAGUCCAAGUAAUGCUAGUGAGAAUGGUACAGCACAGCAAGAUCUCAACAUUGAGGUUCUUGAUGAAUUAAUCGAAGCUGGUAAAAACAACAAGAAAACAUUGUUUUCUGCGGUGGAGUCGGUUAUGAACAAAAUGAGAGAAGUUGAACGUAAAGAAACGGAAGCAGAACAAGCAGAACAGGAAGCUGCAACAGCAGGUCUGGACAUACAAGUCCAGGUUGAGGAGCUGAAAAAGAUGCUUUCACAUGCAAAGGAGGCAAAUGACAUGCAUGCAGGAGAAGUGUACGGUGAGAAGGCAAUCCUGGCAACAGAAGUUAAAGAGUUGCAAGCUCGUGUACUCAAUUUGUCAGAGGAAAGGGAUACUGCUAUAACUAUUAUAGAUGAGAUGCAUCGUGCACUAGAAGAACGAUUAGCUGCAGCUGGCGAGCUGCUAGCAGAGGCUGAGAAGCAGAAGCAAGAGAAGGUAGCAUCUGCUCGUGAAGCGCUGUCCGAAGAACAAUCGAUCAUGGAGAAAGUCGUUCAGGAAUCAAGGAUCCUGAAAGAGGCAGCAGAGGAGAAUUCGAAGUUGCGGGAAUUUCUCAUGGACCGUGGUCACGUUGUCGAUAUGUUGCAGGGAGAAAUAUCUGUCAUAUGUCAGGACGUGUGGUUGCUGAAGGAGAAGAUUGACAACCGUGUCCCACUGAGUCAAUCCAUCUCAUCCAGCCAGACUAGCUGCAUUUUGGCUUCCUCAGGCUCCUCAUCAACUAGAACUGUCGUCGCAGUUGAUGUGUUCCCCACGAUGGGCUCGAAGCAUACAAGUCCUACAUCAUCUGUAAGGGCUGAAUCACCGAGGAGCGGGGACAUGGGAGCUCAUUUGGUGAGCAACAGCGAACUGGACGUGGAGAAGAUGGUUAGUGGCCAGAGAGAAGAGCUUCUCGAUGAUGAGUGGGAUCUCUUGGACCAUAACGAAACUGGAAUAGUUUCAACACCUGCUGAAGUAUCUGCAUUGGUGGGUUAGAGAAUGGGUCUAUUGGGAUAAAUAUAUAUACUAUAUACGAUUAUCGCGCUAAUCUGCGAUUAGGAAGUCUAUAGUUUAUUUUUUUUUUUUUUUUGAAGAUGUGUUCAUUAGGAUUAAACGACUGGGCCGAGCCCACAAAGGAAGUGUACAAGCAAACAAAAGCAGAAAGGAAAA